UUAAUUUUGUAUUUUGCAUAGAUUCCUUCGCAUCUUUCUUCCUGACGUAUUUUCUCCUUGUUUGCGUUUCCACUCCAUAGCGCUUCAACAUUUCGCUGUGAACUUUUCCCAAGCAGUGAAAAAUUUGUACUAAUGUUCCCUGUGCUUCGGCACGUAUCGUAUUUCCCACCACCAUCACACACAGUACACACAGACGCAAAUCAAUAGAACAGCACGCAGAGAGUGGCAUAUGAAUCACAUACAGUACUCCGUCUGUGCGCAGUCAGUCCGUUGUCUCUCUAGUCUGUUGUAUCGCGCUGUUCUGUCCGGAUUCCGCCAGUAGCUGUCCGCGUAGUGUCGUUUUUCGGUUGAUCUCCGUCUCCGCUUCCGUCGCCUGUAGCACAGGCUUCCAGGGUUCUCCUUCAAAUUGUGAUUAGUAUUUUUAGAUUCAGAAAAGAUCCGCGCAUUCUCUGGCAGUAUGAGUGUUGCGCGGUGGUCGGUCAUGUGUGAUUGAAAAAUCUCCGCAGAUCCUUGUCUUUCCACGACGACAAAUGGCACGCGACGUUGGUUGAUCUGUGUCUGAUUGUAGCAACUUCCUUGCAGGGUUGCAUAAUUUUCUGGAGAUCUUUCGCGCGGUUGGCACGGGCCAAUGGACCUGCAGAAUUUCGUGCAGAAUUAUCGUCGAAAGCUCGGCUCAUUCGAGAGAGAACCAUGGGAACCUUCUUCGGAGAUGUCCGCGCAGAGAAAAAAGUCCCUGGCGGACAUUCCCAAGCGGCCGACGAAGCUGAAGCUGGAGCUGAUCGAUGUGGAUCUGGUGCGAGGCUCGACAUUUUCCAAGAAAAAGCCGCACCUCCCGUGGACGUUCUUCAGUCGGGAGUCGUUCCUCCGUGUGCUGUUUUUACCCUGGCACGCUCAGUGGUGGAAGAAGCAGGCCUCGCCCACGGUGUUCCCCGUGGUACUCAGUCUGUACUUCCUGCAGCUACUCUCCCUCAUCAUCUACGCCAGCCAUACUCUCACCGGCGACACGGACUUCCUCUCCGGCUGUGACACGCUCACGGCCAUUGUCCUCGUCUUCAUCAUCGCGGAAAUACUCACGCAGGCCGAACGCCAUGACACACCUAACGCUUUUGAUCUCCCGGAUGACACCGCGGGUGUGCUGGACGAUCUGACGUCCGUGUCGGAUCACUCCCUGCAUGUGGAGGAGCAGCGGCCGUCACGCAGCGGGAAGACACGGCGCAAAGUCCUCGUUAAGAAGAAAUCCAGCGCCACGCACCGGCGCACAUCGGAGCUCGCGUUUAAACCGUUCGAACCCUUCGAGAUCAAUAGUGAGAAGAAGGAUUCGGAAGAUAUUGGAUCGGAUUCGGAAUUGUCGGUUAAUGGGAUCAAUAAAACCGGGCAGGUGGUGAAAUCCUCACCGUCCGAUGGGUUUGAUUUCGGGGAAAAGGAAGGCGAGACCACCGAUUCGGGUUUAGCCGCGGCGACGGAUGAAGACCGACGGAAGAGUCUGUCCGUGGUGGAUGACGACGCGGAUUUGUGGAAGAAUCAGACCGUACGGCAUUCCCGCUCGGAGAUCGUGCGAACGACGGACUCCGACAAGGAUACCACGGAUGAAUCGGCGCGCUCCUCCUGCGCUUCAUCCUGCAGUUCGCCGUUCGAUGAUUGUCUCUUCUCCGGUUCGGAUGACGACGGACAGGAGUCCACCCAUUUCGCCGAGCGUUUCCGGAAAUCUCCGAGCACGCCCAGUCAGGAAGCGCUGAUCGGGUGCACCAUGUGGGAAGGGCGUACCGCGCACAAAGCCGAUCUGUCCAUGUAUGAGAUUACCAAUUGUGUCGUCAAGCAAGCGGAAUCCGCGCCGGUGACCAUCCAUCCGAUGAUUUUGGCCGUGGUGCCCAUCGCGUUUGCCCUGCUGCCGGCGGCGCAUGGGAUCUUUCGCGAGGUGCAUGUGAUGAAGUCAUCCGGAUUGGCGGGGAUUGGUGGGCGGGUCUGCAGGGGAAUGUGACGCUGGGCGAUGUGGGGGUGAUUGUCGUCAAGGUCAACGGGAUCGGUGCAGCGGUGUUUUUGGGGAUUCUGGUUCUUUCUGCUGCUGGCGGUGGCACUGGAGACGUUCCACCAGCGCUGUUGGAUCGCCAAGUAUUUCGGCUAUCUGACGUCGAUGCGGCGGGCUCGGCGCGUGGGAUUACCGCACUUCCGGUUGAAUAAAGUGCGCAAUGUGAAGACCUGGCUGUGUGUGCGCUCGUGCCUGAAGAAAUACGGUCCACGAAAAUCGGUGGACGUGGCGGUAUCAUUUUCCUUCAUGUCCUGCCUGGUCUGCGUCAUCUUCACCUGUAUUAUGCUAGUCAACGCGGAGGAUCAGUUCAUUCACAGUAUUUACGUAUGGGAAUCCAUGUUGUGGCUGCUGGCCGUCGGAUUGUUCCUCCUGCGCUUCAUGGUGCUCGGCUCGAAAACCAAUCAGAAAUUCCGCAACUCCACCGUCCUCACCACUGAACAGAUGAAUCUGUAUCUGCGAAUGGAUCACAAACCGCAGAAAAAAGAUGAACUCAUGCUGGUGAACAAUGUUCUGAAAUUAGCGGCGGAAUUAAUUAAAGAUAUCGAGAGCCCAUGCCGAAUCUCGGGCUUACCGGCUAAUCCGUACCUGUACAAUGUCUCUCGCCUCCUGAUCUUAUCCGCCUUCUCAACCCUAAUCUCGGAAAUGUUUGGGAUCAAGAUCAGUUUGUAUAAACUGAACAAGAUGUGAUGGAGGGAAGGGGCAGGACGCGCGCUGUCGGCGGAUGACAGUGUGAUGUAAUGGGGGACUGGGAAGAUGGGGUGUUGCGUUUUACUCGUUCUUUUACCAAAAAACUCCGGUGCAUGUUGUGGUAUUAACUUGAUUCUCUUUUUCUUUCAAGUGUUUUACAAAGCUUUAACUUAUUAUGGCACUGACCUAACUGAUGUGCUGCGUGUGUACGAUAUAAUAAUUUGUUUAUAUUAAUUUUACGUUUGAUUGCAAUGGCGUGUAUUUAGUGUAAUUAUUUGGCUGUGUAAUAUUACUUGAGCAAUGCAAAUGCUUGGUGCUGGCAACUUACAGCAAAGAAAAAAAGGAGUAUGUACUGCAUAAUUCUGCCGAACCCGAUUGUAUCAAUUUUAUUAAUGAGGUAAUAAAAUCACUGGAACGA